CCACUUUAACGCUUUAACGUCGGAAGAAGUUAAUAGAUUAAUAAUGAAACUUAAAUUGGGCUGAUUGUGAAGUGUAUUCUAAUUACAAGCCAACUAUUCAUGUCUUCGGUGAAUUGUUUAACAAACCUAUCGGAGUACAUUCAGAAGAACUAAAACCAAUUGAAACAUGAAACAGGGAAGUUCUAUUCAGAAUGUUCACUGCGCAUUACAUUGGAGUGGGUCUUCUUUUGUGUAAAUAAAUGAAUAAUAUUGACGAUUUCGCCUCGGUGUUAACAAAAAAGAUUUUCUAUUUCUUCAUAGGAUAUUUUACAGAAGGAAAACACAUACUCAGAAGAUGCACAAAGUAUAAAUUUCGUCUGCAUUCAAACUAGACAUGAUAUCAAUCAAUAACAUUGACGACAUACGGAAACUAGGGCUAAAAGACAACCGAGCCCUUGCUGAGCAAUGGGGAGUUAACAUUAAAGGUGCCAAGAAUCUACAGGAAAUUCAUAAUAUUUUGAUAGAACAUUGGAUUAAAAUCAUUAAGAUAAAUGGAGGAGGAAGGCCCUCUGACCAUGGCAUUAUUAAAGCCUCUCGUGACCAAGCCGGCGUCAGAAACAAACUCUGCGAGAAAUUCCAAAAGACCGAGAUUCUCAUAUCGAAAUUUCCAAAGAAACUCCGAUUAAACAUGAAAAGAUCACACCCAAGUUUAGAACAUGAUUUUAAGGACAGAGGAGAGUUGUUGAAGAAAGGUGAAUGCUGCGUUUUAGUUGCAGGUGAGGUCGGUGCGGGAAAGUCCAGCAUCAUCAACCUGCUGCUUGAAAAGAGCCUUCUUCCCGUAGAUGCCCUCAAGUGCACCAACACCUUUGUCGAGAUCAGAAAAUGCGAUAGGAAAGAGGCCGUGUGUUUUAACAAGAAUGGCGGGAAAACGGUCAUAAGUUUAAGUGACGAUAGGGGAAUACAGGAGUUCCAUCAGACUAUACGGCUUAGUGAUGACAAUGAUGAUAACCCGUAUGAACAUAUAGAAGUGUAUUAUCCACUUGAGUCGCUCAGCGAGGGAAUAGUAAUAGUUGACAUGCCUGGUAUAGAAGGAGGUAGCAACGUUGACCAAAGACUGGAUAAGUACCUUCACUCGGCGUUUGGCUUUCUCUACGUGAUUAAUACUAACACCGCAGGAGGGGUGCAACAAAGCAGGCUUGGCCAUUUACUGAAGACAGUCGUGAACUCAUGUGACGAAUUCAGUCCAAAAUCGUCGCUUUUUAUUGGUAACAAAUGGGAAAAUGUGCCGGAUAAAGACAAAAAGGAUGUCCAAGAAGAUGUGUUUAAGAAACUGACGGCCGUAUAUCCUGGUGUAAGGCAACAUCAGCUGCACUACAUGUCAGUGAAUCAGGCGCGUGAGGUGCAUGAAAGACAUAAAUGUCAUACGGAACAACAUACUGAACUUCUGAAGAAAAUGGAACAGCUUAUUCCUAAUUCCUUGAGACAGGGUCUUUCGAACCAUUACUGGUGGCUUGCUUCUUUCUUGACUCGGGCUUCCUACAUACUUCGAGUGACAGGCGUCCAACAAGAACUAUCAGGAGAUGAACUGAAAACAAAGUACGACCAAAUGCAGAAACAUGUUCAGGAGCUUCAGAGUAACAGUAAGGACUGUAUGGGAAGGCUGAAUGACAAGGUCGAGUUUGAGAUAUUCAAAAUAAAUAACUUGAUCAAGGAGAAAAUGUGUGACAGAAAAACACAAAACAUGCUUUGUGAGUGGGAUGAACUGGAGUGUGCGGGAGUGGAAAAAAGGUGGAAGCAGACUGCAGACACGGCCGCUGUGAAAAUCUCAGAGAGGAUUGCUCGAGUAAUGGAUGGGUGGCAACGAGAGAACAACAUACUUAAACACAUUGACCAGGAAAUCAUCAAUGUGUUCGCAAACGAGUUUGGUCUCCUUCGGCACCAAGUACAGGACAUUGAAAAGUUCUUGACGGACAGCAAUCACACUAAUCCGAUGAUGAAGACAAUCAAGGUUGUGCCGGUAAAGGGAAUAUUUUCAAAGAAGAAAGGAAAGAUGGAGAGGACAUACAACACAUUAGGUGGGGCCAUCUCUUGCAUUGGGAUGCUGGACACAGGCGACAAACGCGUGAAGAAAUUGUUCAAAGACCGCUACAAGGACGGCAACAAGACACAAGGCAUGGCUGAGGCUACCACUCUUUACUUACAGAGUAUUUUAGAACAGAAGGACAUCGGUAUUAAACUCAAAAAGUAUUUCAGUAGAUACUUCAAGGAAGUCGAUGAAGCAGCUAAACGACUUCCUGUGUUCCUUGAGUCGGACAAACAACUGAUCGAAACUUUGCGGAACAGCAUGCAGGAGCUUAAAGAAAUGCAACAGGUCCUUCCAACACUGAAUAUGGAGUGUACGGAGCUGCAUGGAACACUCGAUAUCUUUUACAUCAAUGAAAUUAUGGAAUUUGACUUUGAUAUUCAAGAGUUGGACUGGGACAACAAAGUGCCUCUAGGAAGAGGGUCUUUUGCUGAAGUGUACAAAUCGGAACUCAAACGAAAGCGUCAACCUGUUGCAGUGAAAGUUUCCAUCGAGACUGUCCGCAAAUCUAACAUCUCCGAAAUCCUUCUGGAGGAUCGCACUAUGAGGGACCUGAAACACCCGAAUGUUGUACGGUAUUACGGGGCGAGUAAUCUCAAGAAUGACAAGGGAUUGAAGUGGAUCAUGGUGAUGGAGCUGUGUGCUGACACACUGAAAGGCUAUUACUGCUCCGAUUCCAUCGACCGUGAAAAGAGAAUCCCGGGCUUAAUCCCUAACGACCAUCCACGGAAGAAAGAUGCAGUAAACGGAAUGCUGCUCCAUGCGUUGGAUAUAUGCAAGGGUCUGGAAUACAUCCACGAGAAAGGUUACACACACAGGGACAUGAAACUGGAAAAUGUGCUGAUUGCAAAUGAUAAUACAGCGAAAAUCACUGAUGUCGGAGUUGCAAAAGCAACAAACAUACUUGUUCGUACGUGUAACGGAUCCCCGGCGUACAUGGCACCAGAAGUCCUUCUGAGCACAAAAAAUCAGUCGAACAAGAUCGACAUUUACAGCACCUCGCUCGUGCUUUGGGAAAUGUGGUUCGGCAAAGAGAUCACCGACGAUAUGAACCAUGAAAUACUUGGAGCAGGCUUCCAAGGCGACGCUAUGUCUAGGCUCAAGGAGCGUCAGGGUCACCCGCGUGGGGGCUGGCGUCCUAGCUUUCGGUCUCCAAAUAGACCACCUAGUGAUGUGGCGGAGAUUAUAACCAGGGGAUGGGACAAUGAUCCCGAUAAAAGACCAAGCGGCAAGGAGAUGCGGAUAUUCUUUGAAAAGAAAUGCACAGUAGAAUAUUGCAGCAGAGGAAUAUCAAGCAUUCGACUGCAGUAGAUUUAACAUCCGAACAGUUUGGCCUUGUUGUACAACUGUGCUUGAAUAUGCUAUUUAAUACUGUAUCCCGAAAGAGCACUUUGCUCAAACGAACGUUACAAGUAUUUGCAAAUUGCGCCGAGAAGUGUGAUAUGAGCGAUUUAGACAGACAAUCAUUCGGUUACAGUAUUAUAACACUAGAUCUAGAUGUAUUUUUUAUUGUGCAGUGACUUAGAGGUACCUUUAUUUAUAAUUUAUGUUCGCUUAUAAUAUUUGUUUGAUGGUGUGUUUUUGCUCAAGUGGCAUUGUUUUGUGUCCCCAUGGAAAUAUGGCAAACACAUAGGGAUUUCCUUGUCGUGUGCGUAACACUCGUUUCUGAUACAUACUGUUUGAACGAAUUAUUGAAGAGUCUUAAAACUUGGUCCUAGCAAAGAUCAUGGCAAGUAGAUGACCCCGUCGGAGUCAAUGCGCUGCUAACCAAUAUACUAGAAAAAUGAUUGGCGAUCCGAACAGGCGACACAUCCGAUUGCGAAAUUCUAGUUGUUUUUCUAGUUAUCCCUUUAAAACUUUGUUAGUGUGUAUUAAUUGUUUAAACUACUAUUCGAAUGUGCUCUCUUUUAUUUUGUGAGUUCAAGUUAAUAUCUUUCUUUAAUAAAUGCAUGUUUUGAAGUACUGAUUAUUUGAAAACGAAUACAACAAAAUAAAACAAGAAUAAGCAUUAGUCUAUGAACAUAUUUCCCUGAUUUCUUAGAAUACCUAAACGUUUAAGCUCAUACUGUUGAUCAUUUAUGCCAUUCCUAUCCUGUUAGAUUAGUAAGAUUAAUGAUAUGUUGGAGGUGGUGCACUUCCUUCUAUGUUUAACCGUUUUAUCACUUUGUUUGUAAUUAAGGCAACAUUCGUUAACACAUACUUGCGACUUUUAUGUUUCGAGUUGUGAAAGAAUGACAUGGUGUAAAUUUCAAAAUAUUUCUAUUUAUAUGUGUGCUCUGUUUUGAUUUUUAAUGCUGUUUACAUUCAAUAAAACAAUAUA